CAUCAUGGUCCAUCCCACAUUCACGCCCUCACUUCAUCCCUGGAGAGCAGCCGAUCAGCAUGAGGAGCAUCAGUACCUGAAUAUGAUCCGUUAUGUCAGGGACCAUGGCGAAUUCCGCGCCGAUCGCACAGGCACAGGCACCCGGUCCAUCUUUGCCCCUCCCUCCAUGCGGUUCUCACUCGAGAACGACAUCUUUCCUCUGCUCACUACCAAGCGAGUCUUCUUCCGUGCCGUUGCCGAGGAGCUUCUCUGGUUCGUCAAGGGAGAUACGAAUGGUCUGCACCUCGCAGAGAAGGGUAUCAAGAUCUGGGAUGGUAAUGGUUCAAGGGAGUAUCUGGACAAAGUCGGCCUGUCCCAUCGUAAGGUCGGAGAUUUGGGUCCGGUCUACGGUUUCCAGUGGAGAUACUUUGGAGCCGAGUACAAGGACUGCGAUACGGAUUACACAGGUCAAGGAGUCGACCAGCUCGCAGAGGUCAUCUGGAAGAUCAAGAAUACACCGACCGAUCGCCGUAUUAUUAUGAGUGCAUGGAAUCCUGCAGACCUCAAGGAAAUGGCCUUGCCGCCUUGCCAUAUGUUCUGUCAGUUUUAUGUCUCCACACCCACAGAAAAUCAACCCAGGGCCAAGCUGUCUUGCCAGCUUUACCAACGAUCCUGCGACAUGGGGCUUGGUGUGCCUUUCAACAUUGCAUCGUAUGCUCUCCUGACAAAGAUGAUUGCUUAUGUGACGGAUCUGGAUUGCGGCGAGUUCAUUCAUACCAUGGGCGAUGCUCACAUUUACCUGGAUCAUGCCGAAGCGCUGAAUAUUCAGAUCGGGCGCGAACCAAGGCCGUUCCCCAAGCUUUAUAUCCGACCAUACCAGGGUGAAUCAACGGAGAAAUCGACAGAGAACAAGAGAGUUAUCAAGAAUAUUGACGACUUUCGGGUAGAGGACUUUGUGCUAGAGGGGUAUGAACCUCACAAGAAGAUUGAUAUGGUUAUGUCUGUCUAAAUGGCAGCAAUAAAAAAAAUGACAAUGGCUUUCCUGGCAUUACAGCAGC